AUGGUGGAGGCGGAGGUGAGAUGAGAGAGAAUGGCGGAGAGGGAGACGAGAGUGACGAGGACGGUGGACUCUAGAGUACCGCCAGCAGCAUCUCUCCCUGGGCUCUCUCCCUCUCUUGGCUCACAUGGGCGAUAACGACGCUGAUGGCCCAGACAGUAUGGGUUCUGAUGAAGAAAUAAGUGAAGCUGAUGAAACUUUAUCGACUAGAGAACCAGCAGUAGCUAGAUUAGAGGUGCCAUUCAACACAAGUCAAGAAGCAGAGGUGGUACGCAACAGCUUGCAGGUUGAUCCAGAGCCCAAGAGGAGUGGUUCAUCAAAAACAUUCACUCUUAAUGAGAACGUUCUGUGCAUAGAAAUUCGCUCUCCAGAUGUGCGGCAGCUCCGAACAGCAGUGUGUUCCUUUAUGGAUCUGUUGCACUUAGUAUCAAAGACUGUUGAUCAGUUUGGCCCUCCAACUCAGCAGCCGAAGAAAAUGUGCAUGUAACUUUGUUUUUAUUGAUUUUAAGUGGGAGGCGAUAUAUAAUUCAUUAAUGAAAAAAUUAUAAUUACAUAUUGACUGAAUUUUUUAUUCUUUUUGUGAUCUAUGUACUUGCAUGGGUACAUUAUUUAAUAAUUCUUAAUACUGUAUAUAGCAUGAUAAAUCUAAGAGUGCUGUGAAUGUUAGCCAACAUAAUCUCUAUUAGAAGAAAGUAAAGGAAACUCAACGUUAUCCACCAAAGAUUCAUAAUUAAAACAACUGAAUCAUAA